GGAAAAAAGGUACUUUGAUCUACGUACCCGGCUGCGUCAGUAAUCGGAUUUUUAACCAGGACCUGACGGGAGUGCGGAUAUAGGUACGGCCGGGUACAACACCAGCGUCACCUUUUCUCUCACAUCCACAUCCAUCACAUUACGGCCAAGACUACGUCCACCACCAUCUUCUCGCCUACACCCACCGUCACUCCCGCCAACCACUACCAUCAUACUGUACUCACUCACUUGCUCGCUCGCUCGCUCGCUCACUACUACUUACUCUCGACCUCAACACCACCACCAACACCACCACCACUUCUUUUACGACAAUAAACGGUUUCACUACAUCUUGUCAUUGCACCGUUUUCUCUAUCCUGUACAUGCCGACUGUUUCGCCCUCGUUUAGUUCGAUACUCUUCCUACCUGUCUAGUCAACCUGCAUCCGCCCUCACCGUUUGUCUGCCCAGCCAUAUCCCGCCCGUCCGCUUGUGUCGUCUGCCAUAUACUCAACAGACAGGUGCCAGCAGCCGUCCGGAAUAGGUUGGGUUAGCUUCUCUUUGCAGGCUUUCCCUCCUGGACAUUCUCGCGGCCCUCGAUCUCGGCCAUACGCCCAUUCUGUUUCAAUGACGAGCCAACCACAAUGAUCUAUUCUGAAAUCUGCUUUGCAAUUCAUUGUCCCUGCUAAGGCCCGUCCCGGUGGUAUGCUCGCUAGGCAUUCACUCCACCAUUCCCACAGGCCACCGUCAUCAUGGACAAGUCAUCUGCCGUCUUAGACGGCACAUCUGGCGUCGGUCGUACGUCUCGUAACGUGACCGACCCAUCUGCAACAUCCUCAAGCGCAACAACAGGAAGUCAGAACUCUAAACAAUCCUCUGCCAACAAUUCUGUAGGCCCUUCGCCCUUGGCCUCAAGAGAUUCUUCCCCCACGCGACGCCCUCGAAGGACUGCUUCAGCAAACCGCUUGCCUGGUAAUCGAUCUCGUAAAAACAGCCAAACCGAUAAUAGUCCUUCACGCACGACACGACCAAGCUUGUCCUCCGCUGCCCCAUCGCGCUCAUUGUCCUCGACCAACACUCCAACACUUACACCUUCCCAAGAACAACAACAACAACAGAUCCAAGCACCCACCCCACAAAAGCCAGGCUUCAACGCAGACCUCAAAGACAGCCCGCGAUGGCCCGUAUCGCCCCGCCUGCGAUCGCCUCCCCCCCAGUUUAGUAACAGACCAGCAAUUCCUGCACGUCGCAGCGAGCAGGAUCUUCCUUCCAUUAGUGUUCAACGACCUACGCCGUCGCCGCAGCCUAUGGAGCAACAAACAAUAUCAGAGAGCGAGAUGGAGGAGUCGCAGUAUCCAUCUGGUAUGCGAACUCCAGCUCGCGUAGCGUUGGAAACGGUUCAAGAAGUCAGUUUACCAAACUCUCCCAAUCCUCCAAGCGGGUCGGCUUUAGUGGAAAAGUUGAAGGAAAAGUUAUCAAGCACCGACAACUAUUCUGAUACCGCACUUCCCGAUGGACGGGCUCUACGAGCAAAGAACAGCUUGGUCGGUCAAGAGAGUGGAAGCGACACCAGCAACAACAAGGCGGAGACAAGAAGACCGACAUCCGUUCCUCCACCCAUAAUUACUCGACAGUCUAGUGCCAUGUCGAAUAAGCAAAUGAAGUCGAAGCAGGAUGGAUCUAUACAGACCAUGACAGUAGAGACCGAAACUGUUCCAAGCGUGCCACAGGUUGCGCUCACAACCGCCCAGAAAAGUGAAGGAACAAAUGGAACUCUGAAGACGAAACAGAGCACGGAGACAAUAAAACCGAAAAAGGAUAAGAAGAAGGUUACACGCAAACAGCCCCCAGUAAACGCAGGGAAUGCAUCCUCCAAAGCUGAUGUUUUCGAGGCAACGAUUGCUAGCGCUGUUGACGAAGCAAACACCUCGGAUUCUGAAGAGACCUUUGUUUACGACUCUAACCCUCCGGAUGGCAAUGAUCGGGCUGGACGCCGAUUUCAUUCAAGGACUCCCAGUGCUACAUCUAUGGCUAGCCAGGCUGAUCGCCAGAAUCUGCGAUCCAUUUAUGGUAUUAUGGAGACUGGAGGACCUGCUCAUGGACCCAAGAAGACGAUGAAAUUCGUCAACACUUUUACUAGCAACGGAAAUGAGAGCUUAGCAGUCGAAACUGAGGAUGGCAAAAGCUCUAACCGCAGUGGUGGCAGUGGGUCAACACGAGGUACGACGAGACACCAUCACCACAUUGGUCGCUGGGGUAGACAGCCUGGUAACGGCCAUGCCUCGCUAUUCGAUAAUGAGUCCCCAUUUCCGAAUGCUGCGAGGUCGAAGCUCGCUGGACCUAAUUCUCGCAAUUCCUCAGGGCCACCGAGCCCGCGCAACGCUCACUCCAACGCUCCGCGCCAUUUUGGACAUAAACGUUCUGCGAUGCAGAUGUCGUCCAGUUACGAUAUGGAUGAUACGACAGGAGCAGAUGAUGAGCGUACACCUCUUCUCGGCUCGGUCCGCUCAGGUCGUUCAGGUCGAAGCCGGCGUGGGCCGCACAACCUACGACAGGCCGAGUCACAAACUUUUGCAAGACGGUCGUCAUACUUGAACCGGUUUGCGGCAUGUUUAGUACUUACCAUGAUGUUCAUGCUUGUCAUUACUGGCGCUAUCGGCUUCAUGUUUGCUACUUCGCAGCCGAUGACUGGAAUCGAAAUCACUGCUAUCCACAACGUGGUGACCAGCGACCAAGUAUUGAUGUUCGAUUUGACCGUCAAAGCACAUAAUCCUAACAUCGUCGUCGUCACAAUAGACCACGCAAACCUAGAAGUUUUCGCGAAAUCUGAAUAUACAGGAACAGAUUCGGACUGGUGGGCGCGACCUUUCCCUCACGGCCCAGAUGAUCUACGCGUGUCAGAUGACCCCGAAAACGACCCUCCGCUGGAUGAUCCCGACCCAGAUGAUGACCUAAGACCCAACGUUCUUCUGGGACGGAUCACAGAAUUCGAUAGUCCUCUUACUUUCGAGGGCUCUCUUUUCCAUCAAGGCACCUCUUCUUCAACUGGAGAGAUGCAACUCGAAUACCCUCUGAACAAUACAGUGGGGGGCUCACGACGUUGGGAGCGAAUUUACCAGAACGAAUUUGACCUGAUCGUUAAGGGCGUGGUUAAAUAUACUCUUCCGAUGAGCGCCCGUAUCCGCAGCGCCACUGUAUCAGGGAGGAAGGCCGUCAGUCCAAAUUCUUCAAACGAUCCUUCGAACAGUACCAAGGUUGAACCUUCAAACUAGAUGGGAGGCUGCCCCGAGAGAGGCAGAAGCCCUUCUAGCCUUUCUUUUGUCAAGUCACCGUUUGUCUUGUGUAUUUUGAGCGUGCAUAGCAUGUCACAUUAGGGAGCAGCGGCGUUGGAUGUAAACCUCCAUCCACAUUAUGGCUGAACAUCAUAGGGACAUGGAGCUUCAAGAUUUUGUUUCAUUGUUUUGUUUAUUGGUUUAUAGACAGGUUUAACACCUAUGCUUCCUGUCCGGUGUUUCUUGGGUUGUUUUCACUCUAAGCCUGACCUGGUGAGCAUGUACAAGUUGUGCCGUGUGGUACGGUACACAUUUGCUUGCUGGGAGUAGUCUUCGAGAAUGGUUAGGGAUGGAGUUAUUGCUUUGAUUUCGUUUCACAAAACCCAUAGAAGGAAAAGCGGCAACUAUACGUUGUAAUUUUAACGGCUUAUGAAACACACAAGAAGAGAAAAGAAAGUCAGGCCGACUUGAAGAGGAAGAUGUGGAUUGGAGCACAUAUGAAAUGCUUCGUAGUUAGGACGGUAGAAGAGAGCGAUUAUAUCGUUGAAUGCAGAAUUCAACAGAAAGCCUGUUACUAUCAUGAAAGAAAGAUAUCCUUGUAAAAUUUAUAUGAAAGAUGAGCUUCUCAUUGUGGGAACGCCAAACGCAAUCACUUUUGGGCCGUUUCUCAGUUUACCUCAUGGACAUGGGAGAUUAAGGCGCUUCCC